ACAAAAUUCAAAAACGGAAUAAAAAUUAAUAAACGAUCCAUCCGGCCCAUCAAGAGGGCACUGAUUCGCAUUUUUUUCAAAAUUUCAGUUCCAGUAAAAUUUUUGUAGCGAUUUAUUGAUAUUUUAAUCAGUUUUUAUAUUUAUUUUUAUAUCAGAAUAAACAAAAUUAUCAGUGUCCAUAAUGCAGAGGGAGUGCAUUUCGGUGCACGUCGGCCAAGCCGGGGUCCAGAUGGGGGUGGCGUGCUGGCAGCUGUACUGCCUGGAGCACGGGAUCCGCCCCGACGGCACCCUGCCGGCCUGCGAGACCGACGUCAACUCGGGAGACUCUUGCUUCAACACGUUCUUUUCUGAGGCGGACCGGGGGAAGAUGGUACCUAGGGUGGUGAUGGUAGACUUGGAGGCUACUGUGAUUGACGAAGUGCGGUCCGGAGAAUACCGACAGCUGUAUCACCCUGAACAGCUGAUCACAGGUAAAGAAGAUGCAGCGAACAACUACGCGCGAGGACACUACUCCACCGGGCGAGAGGUGCUCGGCCCAGUCAUGGAGCGAGUGCGAAAACUUGCUGACCAGUGCACGGGACUACAGGGCUUCUUCGUUUUCCACUCAUUUGGCGGUGGAACUGGAUCAGGUUUCACGUCUCUUCUUAUGGAAAAAUUGUCCGAUGAGUUCGGCAAAAAAAGCAAAUUAGAAUUUGCAAUAUAUCCAGCGCCACAGGUAUCAACAGCAGUGGUGGAGCCAUACAAUGCCGUGCUGACGACACAUGCCACAAUCGGUCACUCUGACUGCGCCUUCAUGGUGGACAACGAAGCUAUUUACGAUAUCUGUCGGCGGCGUCUCUCCAUUGAGAGGCCGUCUUAUGCAAACCUCAACAGGUUAAUAUCACAGGUGGUGUCGUCAAUCACGGCGUCGCUUCGGUUCGACGGCGCGCUCAACGUGGACCUGACAGAGUUCCAGACCAACCUCGUGCCUUACCCUCGGAUACACUUUCCUCUCGCUGCUUACGCACCUGUGGUCUCUGCUGAUAAGGCAUACCACGAAGGCAUGUCAGUAUCAGAAAUCACUUCGGAGCUGUUCGAGCCACAGAACCAAAUGGUGAAGUGCGACCCUCGUGAGGGCAAAUACAUGGCGUGCUGCUUGCUGUACCGCGGCGAUGUAGUGCCGAAAGAUGUGAACGCUGCGAUAGCUGCUAUGAAGGGCAGGGCUGGUAUCCGGUUUGUUGACUGGUGCCCCACUGGAUUCAAGGUGGGUAUAAAUUACCAGCCUCCGUCGGUGGUGGCAGGCGGCGACUUGGCGCAAGUGAAGCGCGCUGCGUCCAUGCUCAGCAACACGACGGCCAUCUCGGAGGCGUGGGGCAAGCUCGACCACAAGUUCGACCUCAUGUACGCGAAAAGAGCAUUUGUGCACUGGUACGUUGGCGAAGGCAUGGAAGAGGGAGAGUUUUCAGAAGCACGGGAAGACCUGGCAGCUUUAGAACGAGAUUACGAAGAAGUGGCCGUGGAAACGUCAGAUCUACAGCCCGGUUGCGACGAUGACGAACUAUGAUGUCACGCCCCUAAAGCCACCCGCCGCGUCACAUUCGUGCACGAACUGGCCAACUGCAUGCAGUGAGGCAACCACUGUAUGUACUAUUGAGAUUUGGAAAAUAUUGAGGCUAAAGGAUAAGUGAAUUUAUACAAAGAUUUGCCUGCACUUAGUAAGUGCCACUGUAUUCAGUGCGAACCCAAGGCGACUGGUAGCGUCGCCACCGAAGCGGAUGCACAAAACAGCGGCCGCAUGAUUAUAUAAAAGUUAUUAUGGCAGACCUGGGAAAUUAUUUAAAGGUUCGAAAAUAUCCGCGGAGGUCGGGUGAUGCUCGAGUUGCUUACUCCAUUCCUUCCUUGCAGUCUUGAAGUGAGAGCUCCCUUGAAGCGUUUCUUUAGCGGGCAGUCUUGCGACGUUUUUUUUUUCUUAUUGGAGUUUUUCUAAAUUUUAAAAGCAAAUACGCGCUAGAGAAACAAAACAUUUUUCUUUUCGAACCCAUGACCCGUGACGCAAGUGAGAUGUCUUUAUUUAAGUGUAAUUGUGUAGUAUUUUGUGCCUGUCUAUCAGUGUCGUGAAACUAUUUUGAAAAAGUUUUGAAAGUUUUGUA